CCUUCUUAACAUCCUAUGCUCCCAUCACACUUUAUAAACCACACCAUCAUCUAAUCAUCAUCUAAACUCAACUCCUCUCCUCUCCUCUCUUCUCUUCUCUUCCCAACAACACAAACUCAUGGGUAUUCAUCACGAUGCUACUACGAACUCUGGUGACCAUCACCUUAUUCUAGGAUUAGCUUUGACUAACACUCCAUCACCACAAUCCAUUUCCAACAAGUUUGAUCAUGAUCAUGAUCACACUCUUAGGCCAAAGCCUUAUUCCUCCAAAUCCAGUUUCAUCAACUCCGAGGCUGAGCCAUCAUUAACCUUGGGUCUGUCCCGUGACAGUUACCGGCACCCCAAAAACAUGGGACACAACAACAAAGUAUCGUGUGAGGACCCUCUUGAACAGACUUCUCCUCACAGCGCUGUUUCCUCCUUCUCCAGUGGAAGGGUCAAGAGGGAGAGGGACCUUAGCUGUGAAGAAGUGGACGUGACUGAGACAGAGAGGGUUUCUUCAAGAGCCAGCGACGAAGAAGAAGACGGUACCACCGCUAGGAAGAAACUUAGGCUCACUAAAGAACAAUCUGCUAUGCUAGAAGAAAGCUUCAAACAACAUAGUACCCUCAAUCCUAAACAGAAGCAAGCUUUGGCAAAGCAGUUAAGUCUAACUCCUCGACAAGUUGAGGUGUGGUUCCAGAACCGGAGAGCCAGAACAAAGCUGAAGCAAACAGAGGUGGACUGCGAGUUCUUAAAGAAGUGUUGUGAAACAUUAACUGACGAGAACAGAAGGUUACAGAAGGAGCUUCAAGAGUUGAAGGCACUGAAACUGGCUCAGCCUUUGUACAUGCCUAUGCCUGCGGCAACCCUCACCAUGUGCCCCUCUUGUGAGAGGCUCGGUGGUGGCGUUAACGGUGGCGCUUCCCCUAAGACACCGUUCUCCAUGGCUCCUAAGCCUCACUUCUUCAACCCCUUCGCCAACCCUUCUGCAGCAUGUUAAUUCAUUGUUAUUAUUAGGCUUUUAGUUUAAACAAAAAACAAAAAGAAGAAAAAAGAAGAAAAAAAAAGUUCCCCCACAACCUUUGUAUUUGUUUUGGUUGAGGGAUACGUUAUGAACUACAUCAGCUAGUGAAAAGGUUAAGGUUAAGGGUGUAAUUAACUAAUAUACUGUAGAAAUUUGUAACUGCUGAUCAAGAUUACUUUUUACUUUUCCUUUAUUGUAUGUUUAUAAAAGACAUCCAUAUAUCUAUGAAGGAAUUAAAAUAACUAUUUUUUUUAUUGUUCA